AUGGAAACGGGUGAGGAUGUUCUGGCAUCGGAAGAAUCUGUACAAGGCGGCGUGAGCAAUCAAGAAGGAGGCGUUUUCCAUGUGAAUGCUGCUGGCGGUCGUGAUCUGCGAAGCAGCCGCAAGAAAAAGUUAACGCGAAAGGUUUCCUUUCCAGAUGAUUCUCAGCUGGUCCGAGCUUUAGAUCCAGUAGAUCCAUGGGAACAUGGUAAGAAUUUGAGUAUGUCUGGUUUUAUUUUUUCAAAUAUGGAAACAGAGACGGUCAUCAAAUUAAUGCUUCAAUUUUUGUGAUUUUCCAAGCUUAUAAGUGGUUGUGCCUCGAAUGACAGUGCAGAAUCAUAAAUAUUGGUCUUCGCGUAAUCACGUUUGUGAUAUAACCUUUUCUCUUGGGAUGUGUAAAAACAUAUUGAACAGACUUUGGUGGUGAUGAUUUCCCAUAAUUUGCUUUUUGUCGUUGUUUACUGUAUCUGUUUAAGGUCCACGGGGCACGAAAAAAAUACUAUUGCAAGUCACUUGUAAUAGGCUAUAAAUGUGAACAACUCAGCUUUCUUAAAUUUGAUUUGACAUUUAUAUUUUUAAUGUAAUAUGCUGUGUCCGGUAAAUUUUUUUGUCGGGUUUCUGUUAGAUCAUGUGCUUGAAAGAAAACAAUAUAUUAUGUUACAAGCGCCAUAAAAUGGCAACUGAAAAUUUCCGACGCGUCGAUGUUGUUUACAUGACCGAAAAGUCUUCGACGUAAGCGGUGGUUAACUUUAACUUAACAUUUAUGUGUUAAAUAAUGUCAAUAAAAUAGGGCACGUUGUUGUCACGUUUCACUUCUCCUUCUUCUUGGAAUUACAUAAUUUCACCCACGAUCAAAUUAUGAAGAAAACUUCAUCAGGAUAGUGAAAUGACCUUGACCCCGCGGGUAAGGAAAUCAAACUUCGAUGUCUAGAUUGAAUGAAAAAUUUCUUUUUAUGACAGUAUUUUGUCUUUCAAUUUCAAGAGCCUUACUGGUAUUUACAUACAUACAUGCACGCAUACAUCUAGCUGAAUUUUUGAAAACGUUUCCCCCAAAUGGACCUUUUUUGUGUCCAACAGUUUUCUUUUCAUCCAACAGCAAUCUCCAAAGUAACCAAAUAACAACUAAGAGUGCAAUCAUUGCCUUUUUCUCUUCUCCUCCUUUCUUCCUCCUUGCUCUUUCUUUUUCUCCUUUCCUUUUCCCUCGUCAGUGUGAUUUUGGAGCUUAUCUGGCCCAAAAAACCUGUCUUUUUACUUAACUGAUGGCAAAUUCCAUUUGGUUGGUUUUACAAAAAAUAGGCUAGACAUACAUACACACACGCUUUUAUUUGUUAAAGCAGGUUGAGGAUUAAUGCAGCCAUAGGCUGAUGUACGUGGACCUGCUAUCUAAUAAUUACUUACAAAGAAAAUAAAGUAACAUGAUAAUGAUAAAAUAUAGGUAUGUACAGUCAGUGAAGUAAAAAUUCAGAUGGUUUCUAAAAUUCUAAAAAUAUAUAAAAUUGUCACUAAUUUUCUUCACUAUCAUAUGGACCUUAAAUGAAAAUUGAUUAAUAUCUUUAGAAAAUCUACAUAAUAUCUGUUUAAUGUGGUCGUUCUUAGUUGUUUCACUUGAAUUCAAAUUAACUAUUCUAUUCCAAAAGUUCCAAAUAACAGGUUAGCUUUUUUGUCAUCAUCCAGAACUUCCGUAUCAUUUUCAUCUUUGAGAGGGCCAACUCUGGACAACUUUUGUUUAGCGGUAAUACUAUUAACUGGUUUUCAGGAUGUGCUUGAAUUAUAAGCUUCAAAAAACUUUCCCUUCCGGUGGUGACUUUAUUAGGAGCCAGCAUGUAUUCUAUGCCAGUAUUUCUUGGUUGCUUGUGUAGCAUCAGAGGGAUUUUUAUAGUUUAUACUGUUUGUUCAUAGCUUUUGGCCUAAUUUUCACUAUUUGUCUAAGGCAAAGAACAUUGUCUAAUUAUUUUACCUUGGCAACUAGAUAUGUGGCUGUCCUCAAUAUCAUUAAACAACCUCUCCCAAGCCCAAACUACAUCGUCUGUUUCAUCAAAGAUAGAAAUAAUUUUUUUUAGUGUAGUACAGAUGUCUUUUGAAAAAUGUAUAUCAGAACUGCUGUAAAUAGUAUCAGCAGUUUAAUUUGUAAUUUUUUCAUACAAGAGUUGGUCUGAAAUAAGGUCAGGAGUUGGGGAAAUGGCGGCACAGCCCCACCAAGAAUUCCCGAGAGAACCUUCCCCGGGGAAAUGUAAUAGUUGUAUUUAAGAGGAUGUGGUCUUGAGAAGGAGUUUGAAAAGUAAUAUCUGAAAUAAUUAAUUUAGGCAGCUUGUCUCAAUUCAAUUUAACUUUUUUUAUUUACAUUAUACAGGACCAUAACACACAGUUUCUACUGUAAAUAAAAGAAAAAAAGAAGUAGUAACAUAAGGCUUAGAACAGAUCUACCAUUCAUAAAUGUUCGGUGUCCAAAGUAGCAAGAGCUUUCUAGAUGUUAGACACUUCCAUAUUCAAGUAAAUGGCAGUAAAAAAUUAGAUUAAAGCAAUACAGCAGUAAAAUCAAUGCGGUCUGUUUUGGGGAUGAUUUUGUGGAUAAAUAAUAUCAGUUAUUUUGUUACAAAUAGUUCUGGUGAGUCCUGGGACUCUUCUUGUGAAAAAUCAUGAGUACCAGUCCAGAAGCAAUGAGUCUUAGUUUAAAAAAAAUGAGUCCGAAAGUGAAAAUGCCUGGGCCUGUAUGUAAGCAGAAUGUUAAUCUGGAGAUAGACUCCAAAACUCUGUAUUUCAGUAUACUGAAAUUAAAAUAUAGUUUUUCUAUUUUAAAGCACAGCAAAGGUUAAAAAAAAUGCAUCGUUAAACAACAGUAAUAAUAACUGCCACAGAAAUUGCAUGAAUGAGAUAUUUCUACAAAUACACACGUUCAGAUGGAUCGAUCAAUCUUUGCAUCCUACGGGACGCAGGACGUAGAGGUAACAAAAUCACUGUUAAAUUUAUAUCAGUCUGCCACGUGAGUGACCAUUCUUUGUCCAGUGUAGAGAAGGAUGAAUAUUGUCUGUUCUGUUGUAGGCUAGUGCAGCACUCUCAACCUAAAAGAAUGAAAUUAAAGUAAAUUUAUAUGUUGAUUGUUUUUGUUCUGUAGAAGAAUAUAAACUGGGGCAGCAUUAUUCAGCAGUUCCCAUUUGGUUUCAUCUGAUUNGGUCUGUUUUGGGGAUGAUUUUGUGGAUAAAUAAUAUCAGUUAUUUUGUUACAAAUAGUUCUGGUGAGUCCUGGGACUCUUCUUGUGAAAAAUCAUGAGUACCAGUCCAGAAGCAAUGAGUCUUAGUUUAAAAAAAAUGAGUCCGAAAGUGAAAAUGCCUGGGCCUGUAUGUAAGCAGAAUGUUAAUCUGGAGAUAGACUCCAAAACUCUGUAUUUCAGUAUACUGAAAUUAAAAUAUAGUUUUUCUAUUUUAAAGCACAGCAAAGGUUAAAAAAAAUGCAUCGUUAAACAACAGUAAUAAUAACUGCCACAGAAAUUGCAUGAAUGAGAUAUUUCUACAAAUACACACGUUCAGAUGGAUCGAUCAAUCUUUGCAUCCUACGGGACGCAGGACGUAGAGGUAACAAAAUCACUGUUAAAUUUAUAUCAGUCUGCCACGUGAGUGACCAUUCUUUGUCCAGUGUAGAGAAGGAUGAAUAUUGUCUGUUCUGUUGUAGGCUAGUGCAGCACUCUCAACCUAAAAGAAUGAAAUUAAAGUAAAUUUAUAUGUUGAUUGUUUUUGUUCUGUAGAAGAAUAUAAACUGGGGCAGCAUUAUUCAGCAGUUCCCAUUUGGUUUCAUCUGAUUAACUCAAUCUGAAUGCUGAAAUCACUGACUAAUAAUUAUUAUGUUUUUAUUUUGUUUCAGGUGGAAAUCACAGCAAUAAGGAAGUAAUAGAUGCCUACAGAAACACCUGCUCAAGGCUGAAAAUCAAACCAUGCGAAAAACUUAUUAAACAGCUUGAGGUAAAUUACUGGUACAUAAAUACAUACAUAGAAGUGGUUUGAAGCCAAGAAUUAUAUACUACUAAUUUAUUUAAUGGCUUUAAAUAUUUUUUGCACAAGUCUUAGAGCUAAGACAAAAGCUCUUUUCCUUUUCAUAUAUAAUAGCACAUCUUAUCAAGAGCAUUUGUUUUGUUUUACCAGGCAUGUGAGAGUUUUAAAGACAGAAUUGAUGUUAUAGACCUAAGAGGUAUGAGUAACAACUGAAACAGGGGUUUACUUUUGCAUUUGAUUAGUAUUAUAUAUUGAAUGAAAGUGUGGCUAUGAAAGUGUUUUUUCACAGCUAAUAAGAUUGUUAGCCAGUUGCACAGUCUUUCUAGACCACCCUAGCAAUGUACCCUAUCUACUCUAUACAUUCAUACACUGUAGGAUAAAGGUUGAUUGAACGUGAUGAUGCAAGUGAUUUUCAAGUUAAAAGGAAACCAAAUUAUUAGCUGUCCAUUGGAUAAGCAUUAUGAAAAUCACAUUAUCCACUGGAUAAAAACAUUACAUAGCACUAUCCAGUCCUUUUGAACAACUUGGCCUGUAUGUUGCAGAAAAUGGGAACAUGUGCAAUGGGUGCUGGUUUCAUGCAUUUCUUUGAUUUAGGAAAUUCAAUUUAAUAAGAAUAGGUAAACAGACACUCCAAAUCCUUAUAAUUUAAUGAUCUCUUAUUAAGUGAUUCUGAUUCACAAGCCAAAUAUUGUCCUUUCCAGGAAGUAAACUUGAUGCAAAGAACUGUGAAGCUCUUGAGGAAGUGUUUAGAAGGGUCAGAACUAAGACAUUAGACUUGGAAAACACAGGAUUAGAUGAUGAUGUAAGCUCCACUUGUGGAGAAUGUUAG